AGUUUUCUCUGUGAAACGGUUGCCCUGCACAACGCAGAGAGGUGCGAUCCACUUCUUGUCAACACAUAAAUCGUGACGAUUGAAUAGCAUUUUUAACUUUUGAUUCUUCCUUCACUACAAACCAUUCUACUCUCAUCUUCCGCACACCUCUUAACACCUCCAAUCCGCUUUGCCUUUUUAGGCCUCUACUGCUAUCAAGCCUUACACAAGAAUUACUCCAGAGUCCAUUAGAUCUCAUCGCUGUUCAUCAGUCAUUUGAUCGCCCCUCCGACUUUUAGCUAUUUGUGAAGGCACACUUCGAUUUAUCGAACAAAAACGACGACUAUUACUAACCAAAUCACUAAAUCCAGGAACCAUUAAGUUGAGUCUCUUGGAGCUCGUUCGAUACAUCGGAGCUCUCAUCUACUCAUACAUCUCGAUACACAAUAAUUAGUCAUACACUAGACAAUUAGACGCUAUGGCAUCAGUUGCAGUAUCGACUCCCCUUAAGUCCCACAAGGGACUUUUCUCCACCCGUACCGCUGGCGGACGGAUGCCUUUGACACCAUCCCCUCGUCAACGCACUACGACUACUACUGUCGCUCUCCACAAGGAAUCCUCUCCCUUCACCCCCGAGAGACAGUCCAGCCAUGAUGCGUGCCGACCUGCUGGCAAGUCAGUGUACGGUGGAAACCUAUCCUCACACCUAGCCAAGUCAAGCUCGAGAUCUACCCACCGAAACUCGCCCAAGUCAAACAUUGCUCGCAGUGUCGCUACUCCUCGUAAGGCUCUCGAGCUAGGUGUGUCGGACUUCACUCUUGUCGGCACUGGCCACACCAAAACCCCUUGCAGUGCCAAGUCCAAGAAGAGUGCUCUCCGAACAAAGUCCGGCAAGACUACUAUCAGCUACGGUGCCGACCGAUUCAUUCCCAACCGUAGCAACAGCUCUGCUAUUGCCAAUGCAGGCUCUGGAAAGCUCGACAACCAAGACAAGCAACGACCUAAGACUAGUAGCGAGGGUUCAGCUGUCCUCUCUUCUGCUACAGAUGAUGCUAUCGCUGCUCUUGAAAGCCUUAACAUCGAUGAUGACGAACCUGCCAACUACUCUCGCCCAUCUCCCAACACUGUUGCUUACCAAGACUCUCUGGCCAAUGCCUGCGGUGUUAACCUGAAUACCCGUAUCCUCCAAUUCAAGCCUGCACCCCCUGAGUCUUCCAAGCCUAUUGAUCUUCGACAACAAUACAACCGACCCCUUAAGCCAGCCAAUGCUAGCUCUGCUCAAUUCCGACGACGCGUCGCGACUGCUCCCGAACGUGUACUUGAUGCGCCCGGUCUGAUUGAUGACUACUACCUAAACCUGCUCGACUGGAGCUCUGGUAACCAGGUUGCCAUCGGUCUUGAGCGCAACGUCUACGUCUGGUCUGCCGAUGAGGGCUCAGUCAACUGCUUGUUGGAGACCAGCCCUGACACCUACGUCAGCAGCGUCAAGUGGUCUGGUGAUGGUGCCUACGUCGGUGUUGGUCUUGGAACUGGUGAGGUCCAGAUCUGGGAUGUCGCUGAGGGCACAAAGGUUCGCAGCAUGUUCGGUCACGAUACCCGUGUUGGCGUGAUGGGCUGGAACAAGCACCUCCUCUCCACUGGUGCCCGAAGUGGACUUGUUUACAACCACGAUGUUCGUGUUGCAGAGCACAAGGUUGCUGAGCUCGUCUCCCACACCUCCGAAGUUUGUGGCCUUGAAUGGCGAUCAGACGGUGCCCAACUCGCUACUGGCGGCAACGACAACUUGGUCUCGAUCUGGGACGCUCGAUCGCUAGCAGUCCCCAAGUUUACCAAGACUAACCACAAAGCCGCUGUCAAGGCGCUUGCCUGGUGCCCGUGGAACAUUAACCUCCUUGCUACUGGUGGUGGCUCUUAUGACCGCUACAUUCACUUCUGGAACACCACUUCUGGUGCCCGAGUCAACAGCAUAGAUACUGGCUCUCAAGUCACCAGCCUUCGAUGGAGCACUAGUUACCGUGAGAUUGUCAGCUCCAGCGGAUUCCCCGACAACUCCCUCAGCAUCUGGAGCUACCCUACCCUAGUCCGCAAUGUUGAGAUCCCUGCCCACGAGAGCCGUGUUCUUCACAGCUGCCUUUCCCCCGACGGACAAAUGCUUGCAACUGCUGCUGCCGACGAGAGCUUGAAGUUCUGGAAGGUCUUUGAGAAGAAGGCAGGUGCUGCCUCAGGCGCUGGUGCCAGCGGUUCCUCCGCCAAGGCCACCAUGGCUAAGCAGAUGACCAUCCGAUAAAGCGCCAUGCGACUACGAUGAAUGUCAGGAUCACGAUCAACAACAGUAGGUACAACAAUUUCGUUCUGGCAUCUCUGGUACUGCAUUUGGUGUCUUUUCAGCGCGGCGUUCAUGGAUUUCCCCAUGCCACGGACAUGGAGGGUCUCGAUCCGGAUGAAACGACUUGGUCAUGAGCUACGAUAUUUGAUACCUUAACGCCCGCUUCGGAAGGCCACUAGAAUGAAUCAUAUUCUUCGACAAAUUGUAUUACAAUAGGGAGUUAGGAAAACAUAAUACGGAUUUUAAUAAGGCACAGGGAAGGGGAAGGUAGUUUAGGUAGUCGACAUAUCAAUACGAUAUUAAGUUGACGGGUA